UGAGAAAAACACUGACUCACUGUAUUUUCUUAUAUUUCGUGCAGUUAAUUUAAUCCAAGUUCACACCCUUUGAAUCACACAAUUCUAUAAAAUUAUGUACUUUCGGUUUUGUGCAUAAUAUUGAUUUACAGGUCAGGUUACAUUUAUUUUGAAGGAUUAAAACCGGAAAUGUUAUUGUUAUUGAUCGCAAAACACGCGCGAAGGAAAUUAAGUUGCUAACGUGAGUGUGUGAGGAAGGAGACAAACUUUCAUUACUGUUGAUGCACGGAGCAGUUGUAUUGGAUUUUGAGGUCGGGGUUGGUGAGGUCCCCCAGACUUUCCCAGUUGGAAAUCCGACUUCCAGUGGAAAAUUCCUCCUGAGAACUUUAAAAUUCCGAUUUUCCUAAUACAAAUGGAACGCACCAUAUCAGACAGCGAUUCAGAGGAAGAGCCCAAGCUCCCUCUGAAUCAAUUCUACCCCUAUAUCCGCUGUGCCCUUUGCUGUGGCUUCUUCAUUGAUGCCACCACCAUCACUGAGUGCCUCCACACAUUUUGCAAAAGCUGCAUUGUGAAGCACUUUUUCUACAGCAACAGGUGUCCCACAUGCAGCAUUGUGGUCCACCAGACACAACCACUUUACAACAUCAGGCCUGACAGACAGCUGCAGGAUAUUGUUUACAAAAUGGUUCCCUUCCUGGAGGAGUUGGAAAGAGAACAAAUGUGUAACUUCUACAAAGAGAGAGGGAUGGAGGUGCCAAAACCAGUGGUGGUCUCCCCUCCAGGUCCUCCUGUGUUAAAGAGGCAGAAGAAGGACAACAUUCCUCAGUCUGUGUUCGCCAUUCCUCCUGAGCUGGAUGUAUCUCUGUUGUUGGAGUUUGUUGGGGCUGAAGAGGGCAUCAAUAACUACAAGCCAUUAGAGAGGCGGUACGUCCGUGUGUCCGGCGAGGCCACUGUCCGCCACGUGGAGCUGUUCAUCAGGAGGAAGAUGGAGCUGAGCUCCACCUGUCAGGUCGAUGUGGUUUGUGGAGAUCACCUCCUAGAUCACUACCAGUCACUCAAAGAUAUACAGAACUCUGUAGGUGAAGAGGCACUACAGGAUGGUCUGUUGGUGCUGCACUUUGGCCUGGUCCUGCCCUCACAGUCAUGAGCACAAGAGGCGGAUGUCGUUAACUCCAAAGGGGAUGACCGUUAUUUUUGGAUUGUGUUUCUCUUCAUUGGACUCAUAAUGUGGAGUAACAUUUUCUACAUUGGCAUUAAAAGUGCUCCACAGCUGUUUUGGAUGUGUUGUCGCUGGAUUGUUUCUAUCUGUUUACAUUUGAUACAAGUUUAAACUGUUCACAAUGUAGCAUCAGAUUUCCAGCUCCCAACAUCAUCAUCUUAUAUUCAGGGCGACCCAUGUGUCUUGCUGGACACAGGUGACAUACGUAUGAAUUUUACAUGAGUGGAAAUGACAAAUACCUAGUCUUAGUGCCAAGAUGUCUUCUUAGGUGUUCAUUGUGCUUCCACUGCACACAAGACUGUGACUACUGCUGUAGCUAAAACUGAGCUAAACCACUGUAUGUAGGGCUGAAACUUAAAUGUCUCUGUGAAGCUGCAUCAGUCUAGCGGACCUAUCUUUUUGGAAACUAGCAACUGGUAUCUUAAUUUUUUUGUAUUUAUGAUCUCAAGGGCUAAGUGUGAUUUCAGUUGUGAUUUAAAGGGCUUCAAACAAAUGUACUACCAAAGGUUUGUGUGUAUGUGUGUUUUGUGGAGCGUAGAUCUACACUUGCAUUUUUAAUUACAGCUUGCUUCUUGUUGAUUUACACAUUUAAUUUAAGAGCUUUUGUAUAGAUUGUCUGCUGAUGCAAAUUUAUGAGUUUGACUUGAUUAAACCUGCUUUCAGUUCAGCUCAGCAGAGCACAAAGCAGUUAUUUAACUGGGGUUUGUAUCAAAGUCUUUUGAUAGGGUUUGUAAAAAAUAGCAUUCCUACUGCUUUGUCAGAAUUAAUAAAUGACUGCCCAACUGAGAUGUUUCCUAA